AUGUCGGGUUGGGGGCAAGGGUUGGGGGCAAGGGUUGGGGGCAAGGGUUGGGGGCAAGGGUUGGGGGCAAGGGUUGGGGGCAAGGGUUGGGGGCAAGGGUUGGGGGCAAGGGUUGGGGGCAAGGGUUGGGGGCAAGGGUUGGGGGCAAGGGUUGGGGGCAAGGGUUGGGGGCAAGGGUUGGGGGCAAGGGUUGGGGGCAAGGGUUGGGGGCAAGGGUUGGGGGCAAGGGUUGGGGGCAAGGGUUGGGGGCAAGGGUUGGGGGCAAGGGUUGGGGGCAAGGGUUGGGGGCAAGGGUUGGGGGCAAGGGUUGGGGGCAAGGGUUGGGGGCAAGGGUUGGGGGCAAGGGUUGGGGGCAAGGGUUGGGGGCAAGGGUUGGGGGCAAGGGUUGGGGGCAAGGGUUGGGGGCAAGGGUUGGGGGCAAGGGUUGGGGGCAAGGGUUGGGGGCAAGGGUUGGGGGCAAGGGUUGGGGGCAAGGGUUGGGGGCAAGGGUUGGGGGCAAGGGUUGGGGGCAAGGGUUGGGGGCAAGGGUUGGGGGCAAGGGUUGGGGGCAAGGGUUGGGGGCAAGGGUUGGGGGCAAGGGUUGGGGGCAAGGGUUGGGGGCAAGGGUUGGGGGCAAGGGUUGGGGGCAAGGGUUGGGGGCAAGGGUUGGGGGCAAGGGUUGGGGGCAAGGGUUGGGGGCAAGGGUUGGGGGCAAGGGUUGGGGGCAAGGGUUGGGGGCAAGGGUUGGGGGCAAGGGUUGGGGGCAAGGGUUGGGGGCAAGGGUUGGGGGAAUGA